AUGAGCGCCUUCAUGGACAACUGGCGAUGGUACAAGUCUCGAGUUUCUGACAAGCCUCGCAUAUGUCCCAGCUCCAGAGCGAUUGAGCUUUUGUGCCAGCCUAAAGAUUACACCGUGUCUUCGUUCGACGUCGUUGUCCUGGGUCGGUCCUUGGAGGCUAAGCAUGCAGACAAGGACGUUGACAUCUUCAUCCCCAUUGUCGGGGGCCGUCAGGGUUACACAGACGAGACAUACUGCGGUGCGCCUAUCAUUAUCCGCAAGCAUUCGGCCCCGGACCGAAGGUGCACAUUUGGUGGCAUCAUCAAGGCUGUUUCGUGGAAUGGAGACGCAAAGCUAUACGGCCUAACAGUCGGCCACGUUCUCUUGGACGACUUGGACUACGACCUAACAAUAAGAAGAACGAGUAAUGGGACCGAGUCUUUGAAUAACUGCAAGCUUCAACUUUCGGACUCUGAAAGCGAGGACGAGUCCGAUGGGGUGACCGAACAAGAGCCCGAGGAGACUAGGCCCUUGCCUGCCAUAGACAAUCCUCAGCUAGGUUCAGGAGUUAAUAAUAACGCCUCUGCUCCUUGGGUAUCCUCCGAACUGGGCAAGAUCGGGCGUAUCUCCGAGGAUGCAGUCAACAUGAUGGGUGAUUAUGCGAGGCAUUAUUAUGACUGGGCACUGAUUGAAAUGGACUAA